UUUUCGUCGUUGCAGGGUCAUAUGACAUCAAAAGAUCAAGUGAUUGAGUGUAGCUGCAAAAAAGUGAAAAAUUCCUGUUAAAUUACAUUCGGCAGGAUGCGGUACACUCUCGGUUACACAUUCGCGACAUCACUGGUCUCAGUGUCAACAGUCCUGAUCCUGUACCAUGUCCUUACGGGCAAGGGUGAGCGAGUCAGUGUCGGCUGGUUCCUCGAGGAAACAUCGCCGUACAUGUGGGCAACUCUUGGCAUUGCUUUUGCUGUGGCCCUUUCGGUAGUUGGCGCUGCUAUGGGAAUCCACACAACCGGAGUUAGUAUUGUUGGAGGCGGUGUAAAGGCUCCAAGGAUCAAAACAAAAAAUUUGAUUUCCGUCAUCUUCUGCGAAGCGGUUGCUAUCUACGGGCUGAUUACGGCUAUUGUGCUAUCUGGCAUGCUGGAUAACUUUACUUGGGCGACAAUCACGGGCAAUGAAACCAUUCGGAACAACAACUGGUUCUCCGGUUAUGUAAUGUUUGGUGCCGGACUGGCGGUCGGUUUGGUCAAUCUAUUCUGUGGUAUUGCCGUUGGCAUUGUAGGAUCGGGUGCUGCACUUGCUGACGCCGCAAAUUCAACACUAUUCGUCAAGAUCCUAAUUGUGGAAAUUUUCGGUUCGGCCAUCGGUUUGUUUGGUCUCAUUGUGGGCAUUUAUAUGACUUCUAAAGUCAAGAUGGGUGACAAGGACUAAAUUAAAAAAAAAAACAGUAAAUCAGUAAUUCGAUGUAACCUAAGUAAGUCAACUGGCAUUACAGCGCAUCUCCAGUCACCCAAAAUAUCCGGAUGCUAAUUGUUGUUUCCAUUCAAUGAAUAAUGAGAAGAAUACACUCAACGGCCAUUCCAAUUCUACGAACAUAAAGCGCACUCUAAGAUCUUCAGUUGUUCCAGGAGUAUAACUAUUUCGGUUAACGAUUGCAGCCGUCAUUUUUGUUAAUAUUUUGGAUACAUAUUUCUUAUUUCCAUUUACAAAUAUUUACAAAUUUUCUUGCUCUUGAAAUAGUAAUGAUUAUUGAUUUAUUUGUUCUGUUUUAUUUUUGUGUUAAGUUGGAAAUUAUGUAAAUAUGUAUCGACACUUAAGCUACUUGCUAAGCUAUUAUAAUAUGUGUAAAGAAUAAAAUACUUGUGUGUAACGAACGCAAACCCAUCCUAAAUAAACAUUGGAUCCCA